CAGCCGAAUCCAUAACCGUUACAAAUUUGCAAAAUGGCAGCGUUACGUCGGCUGGCCUGUUCUGCGACUAUGCGGCCGGCGCUUUUGACGUGGUGCAGGUGUUACAAGAGCGACAUAAGCCUCGACAAACUCUACCCCUCUAGCGGCGACGGUGCAACGCAGUCGCCGCGUCUCGAAGGAGGCGUGAACAUGAAGGACAUUCAGAUCAACGACCACGACCCGACGAGCCCGCACCGGGUCGAGAUUCGCGUCCACUUGGACUCGGCCCAGUGGAUCUCGCCGGAGGCCAAGCAAAGACUGCGACUCGAGUGCAAGCCGUUCAUCGACAGCUCGGGGAACCUGGUGCUCCAUUCGGACAAGACUCGCAAGAAGUCGAUCAACGUGGCCGACUGUUUGGACAUGUUGCGAUGCAUGCUUCGCGAAGUGUCGCUACCUCCGCCCGAAAACAUACCGGAGACGAGGUUCACGCUGCGGGCCAAGCACGAAAGGCUUGCAGCGGCUCGUUUGCGCAUUCCCAGGGCCCCAGCGGUGGAUGGCGGCGUUUCUCCGUGAAUCACUGUUAAUAAAUGUUCGCCUUGUAGAUA